UCUGAGGCUUGCGCGUGGUCGAUGUGGCGAUCAGCGAGCGGCGUGGCCCGGCCCCACGGAUGCCAGUCGCCGGUGGUCCAAGGCGUUCAAUGCUGUCACUGAUAACUUGCUCAAUCAGGAGGCAUUAGUAACUUGUCCAAUGCCAGUCGCCGGUGCAUCUCGGGCGUGGCAGCUGCUCGUGCUCUCUCCAAUUCUUCUUUUAAGGUGACUGUUCUGGAGUUCGGAGAUCGUAUUGGUGGACGUGUUCAUACUGAUUACUCAUUUGGAUGCCCAAUUGAUAUGGGAGCCUCAUGGCUGCAUGGUGUGUGCAAUGAGAAUUCACUGGCACCAUUGAUCGGCUAUCUCGGGCUGAGGUUAUAUCGCACCAGCGAUGACAACUCUGUUCUGUAUGAUCAUGAUUUAGAAAGCUAUGCUCUAUUUGAUAAGGAUGGCAAUCAGGUCCCAAAGGAUACAGUUGAUAAAGUUGGAGAAACAUUUGAAAGAAUUCUUGAAGAGACGGUGAAAGUGCGUGAUGAACAGGAACAUGACGUGCCCCUUCUACAGGCAAUUUCUAUUGUAUUUGAGAGGCACCCCCAUCUAAAGUAAUUUUUUUCUAUCACUGUGUCAUUGUACCAUGUU